CCGCCCGGGAGUUCCGCAAAACCGAAAACGUACGCACGCCACACGGUCGCCGAGCGCCACGCCGUACGGACGUUUUCCCCGCCGAACCGGACGUUCACCCUCCACGUCGUAUCAGCGCCGCUGAUGUUAAUCGAGACGACGACGACGACGACGAUAUUACAUAAUAUAUUAUGCGCCCGUGCCCGUUAUAAUAUAUAUUAUUUUGUUUUCGUAAAUCACGUGUGAUAUUGCGCACGUUUCGAGCUGUUCACACGUACAGUGACGUAACGUCGCAAACGACGGUUGAGUAUAAUAUAUUUUUAUACCACAGCGUUGUCCCGACACUCAGCAACAGGUACCUGUCCGAAAAUAUACCAGCGGUACACGCUACUUGCAGCACCGUAGCAGUGUUGCUCCUGCACAGACCAUCCGGACGGACGAUGAUGGUAUCAUCGUCGUUGGCAGCCGGGUAACCCUGCGGUAUCGCCGGUAUCCGGUGUGGUAUUACUAUUGAUACGCUCGUCAAUCGAGAUAACAAUAAUAAUAUACCACCGCAUCGCGGAGGAGAAGGACCGAGAGCAGUGCGGAUUGGGAUCACCGACGAGUGCUCGUCCUCUUAGCAGCGGCGGCGCAAAAGUUUGAAAAAUGGUCAUCGAACCUGGCCUGAUGGACAUGCUGGGCAACUCGCUGUUCGACAUGCUGGCCCCAGUCACGUCCACCGAUUCGUCGGCCGUGGCGUCCACCGUGUCGGCGGGUUCCGGCGACGGUUCCGGUGGCCGCGGUGACGGUUCCGGCACGGCCGUCGACGACGACGAAGACGACGGCACCGGCAUGGGCGGCGGUUCCGGUUCCGGCGGUUCCGGUGGCAUCGGUCCCGGCGAGCUAUGGUACAGGCACAGUCCCGCCAUGACGGCCGUCUACUGUUUCGCGUAUACCAUGGUAUUCCUGGUCGGGCUGGUCGGCAACCUGCUGGUCGUGUCGGUGGUCUGCCGGUCGCCCAGGAUGCGCAACGUCACCAACUACUUCAUCGUCAACCUGGCCGUGGCCGACAUACUGGUGCUCGUCUUCUGUCUGCCCGCCACGCUCUUGUCCAACAUCUAUGUCCCCUGGAUCUUGGGAUCGUGGAUGUGUAAGAUCGUGCCGUAUGUCCAAGGUGUUUCAGUGGCAGCGUCCGUGUACAGUUUGAUCGCCGUUUCAGUGGACAGGUUCCUGGCCAUCUGGUAUCCGCUGAAGUGUCAGAUCACCACGCGCCGGGCCCGGUACAUCAUCGGCGUCAUCUGGCUGGCGUCGACCACCAUCACCAUACCGUGGGCGCUGUUCUUCGACAUGGUGGCCAUAUUCAAAGACGCCCCCAGCCUGGAACUGUGCCUGGAGGUGUGGCCGGACUACCUGGACGGCAACCUGUACUUCCUGCUGGGCAACCUGGGGCUGUGCUACGUGGUGCCCACUGUGGCCAUAUCCCUGUGCUACGUGAUGAUCUGGGUGAAGGUGUGGCGGCGGACCAUACCCACUGACAACAAGUGCGCGCGCAUGGAGCGCAUCCAGCAGCAGAGCAAGGUCAAGGUGGUCAAGAUGCUGGCCAUGGUGGUGGUGCUUUUCGUCGCGUCCUGGAUGCCGCUGUACGCGAUAUUCGCCCGGAUCAAGCUGGGCGGCCGGCUGGUGCCGUGGGAGGAGGACUUCCUGCCGGUGGCCACGCCGAUCGCGCAGUGGCUGGGCGCGUCCAACAGCUGCAUCAACCCGGUGCUGUACGCGUUCUUCAACCGCAAGUUCCGGCGCGGCUUCACCGCGGUGCUCCAGAGCCGCCGGUGCUGCGGCACGCUCCGGUACAACGAGAACCUGCAGCACUCGGCGUCCGCAAGUGGCAACGGCGGCGGCAAGGCGUCUUCGUAUUACAUCACCAAUCACCACGCUUACACCAAGCGGCAGUCCAGCCAGGAGACGAACGUGUCGUACAUAUUCAACGUCUGAACGUCCCGCACUGCAACGCACCCAAAGCCGCCCCCCGCACAAACUAACGAUAACGAUGAAACAAUAUAAACGAUAAUCAAUUUUUCAAUCGUGAACAAUUUGUAUACGCGCGUAUUGUCGUCGAUGUCGUCAAUGUCGUCGCCGUUGUUGUUGUCGUCGUCGUCGACGUCGUCUUCAUACUAUUGCGAUCGAUCGACGAUAACAAUAUAAUCAAUCAACGAUAACCUAACAUAAUAUUAUAUAAUAAUAAUUCGAAAGAAAAACCUCCUUCAAUGACGUCGGAAGUGUUUUCAGGUCCGGCGGCGGGACACUGUUAUAUAUUUUACCUAUGCCUACGAUUAGAUCGUACACUAUACGUAAUAAUAACCAAACGACAAAAAUAUUUUGACGUGUCGCGCGUUUCCCGCCGCCAAACAUCCAUAUCGAUAAUACAUUUAUAAUAUACAAUAUUAUUAUAUAAUAAUCGCACACAACACGUUACGUAUUGUACUGCCGGUGCACACUUUAUACGUGUAUAUGUUAUAAUAUACAAUAAUAAUGAUAAUAAUAAUAUGUAACAUAUCGCCAUCUAAAUAAUAAUAAUAAUGUUAAAUCGUCUUAGACGGAAUGCGAAACCGCGAUAUUUAUGUUAUCGCGCGAUUUUCACAUCUAUAAUGCAUAUAAUAUUUUAUUAUAUUAUUAUAUUAAUUAUAACGAUAUAAACAAUAAUAAUAUUAUAAAAUGUAGUACAUCGAAAAAAUAAUUAUACAACACUCACACACACACACACACACACACACCCAGGGGCGGAUCUUUGAUAUUUGAUGGGGGGGGGGGGACGACACAUAUACAUUUUAUGAUUUGAAUUUUAAUUAAUGAUACAUGCAUAUUAUCAUUUUUAAACAAUAAUAAUUACAAGAAAUAAUAAUGAAUAGUUGGUAGUAUUAUAUUCUUAUAAACUGAACUUUACAUUUAUAUGUUACUCGUAAGUUACAUUAAAAAAAAUUGUUGAUAGAAAAUUGACUGGGGCGCACGUGCCCCUCCCCUGAAUCCGCCACUGUGACACACCUACACAAACACACACACACACACACACAUACACACACACACACACUCGUAUAUAUAUAAUAUAUAUGUAUUAAUUGCUCUAAUGUACAUUUAUAUGCAUAUAUAUUAGAACGUAGAGUGUAUUAAUAAUAAUUUUUUGUUUUUUAAAAAAAAAAGGUACGAAUAAUAUGUAAUAUAACAAUAAUAAUAUUAUUAUCAUUACGUAAAAUCGUCGAUUUGCACGCUGUACAUACACAUAAUAUUACAUUAGAGGGUGUAUUCGAUAUACUUUCGCAGCUUCCCUCUCCACCGUAAUAAUAUUAUAAACGCGCACGUUGUUUCCCACCGUCCCGCAACCCCCACACACCCCCUUCCAAAACAACCAUCCACCCACCCUCUGGCCGAGACCCCGAUCGCCAUGUAUAUAUUACAGUUACGAUGCAUACAGCGUGUUACGGUCGACGGGUGGAGGUAUGUAUUCGGACAUUCGAUUCGCGGGUUGCUCGGGCGACUUACGAUAAUCGCUAUCGUCUAGUUUUACAAGGACAGUACUUAUGAACUUUUCCGCGGUUUAAGUCCCCAGCUCAAUGCGUCCGAAUGUUACGAGUUCCGGUAUAAUAUAUAUAUAUAUCACAGUGACUGGAUUUGUGAGCCCCUACAGUACAAUACAAACGAGUAGUGAAUAGCCAACACAAGUGCACAACAUGUUAUUUUGUUUAUUUUUCAAAUUCGAAAUAUCUCAGAGGAUUACCGAAAAAAUAUCCGUUGGCUUUCAAUAUUAUGAUAUAAUUGUUAUGUUCCAAGCUGAAGCAACAUCUAUAUAACAUCAUAACGGUUAGCGCAUUAAUAAUAAAUUGUCAUUGUGAUUGUAUCUGUGCGACUUGUAGCGAUCACCCGUGUCGACGACUAUAUUAAUUCUAAUGGCACAACAGGUAUGAUAUCAUAAUAGUUUGAAUUCGAAUAGUCGACAAUUGAUGGAAAUGUAAACAACAAUAAAAUUCACAACUAUACAAUACCACCAUAUUGUAAUAUUUCAAUAACUAUAAUUUCUCUAUCAUUUGACGUGUCUGCAUUUCCACACGUCGAGCAAGGCGAAGAAUGUCCGGUACCCAUAUAAUAUUGUUAAGAUUAAAUCACUAUAAUAUUAUAUACCCGUCCCCCCGACGAGGAAGAUUUUGUAAGCACCGUCCGUAACAUGUUAUAUUGUAAGUACGUAACUACACGUUCCACGCCCAUUUCCAACGAGGUCUCUGUCGACCCACUAUACCCACUCGCGAUGUCUAGAUCGUUUUCUGUUUCAAAACUUUUUUAAAUCCCAACUCGCUCUACAUACUAAUUACGUCUCGUCGGCCCAAACGCGUGUACCCGAUUCGUCCGAAAGGACUAUGGACUCGGCAGUCCGUGUUCGACGACGUACACUUCCGUUUCACACCCCAUCCCCCUCGCAUUAAGUAGCACGAUAUCGUAUUAAAACGAUAUUAUAAUAUUGUAUUUUUAAGCGGAUAUGUACCCGGAAAUCGAUCGAAACGCGUUUAUAUAUAUAAAAUACAUAGACGCGACGUAUGUUGUGUGUAAUAAUUAUUACUUAUUUCUACGAGAGAAUAGAAAAGGCGUGAAAGAUGACGAUAAACAUCGGAUUGUUUGUUUUUUUUUUCUUUUUGGCAACGAUAACAGUUUCGUUGUAGAUACAGCUCUACAACCCCAGAGAAGUGAUUUGGCGCAGAUUUAUCUGGCAUGUAACACCACGUGAAACAAUCCUAACCGAUUUUUUAUUGAAACGACGGAGAGAACAGCAGAAAUACAAUAUUAUUAUUGUUAUCGAAUCGCGAUAACUCAUAAUAUCACAUUAUAUCCCACCGCGCUCCCCGGGCGCUCUCAUUGAACUAUUAUACAUCGCAAUGGUAUAUUUAUCACAAUGUAUAGCAAUGAUAAUAACGAUCACUCAACAAUUCAACCACUACCUACCCACUCGGUUUGAGUUGAAAACGUAACUAGCGUUCGUGAUUUGGUAGGCACGACAUAAUAUAAUUUAGAUAAACUUAACCUACAAUUAAUAUAAUAUUAUAACACUGGCAAUGAUAUUCAUAUCUACCAUCGCAUGUGCUCUACGUAGUUACGCAUACGAUGCAUGCUUACUACAUUUAUGUGAAUAAACACUUAAAAUAUUAUAGCGUAAUUUAAACAAUUAUAGUAAGUAGAUAUACGUUUGGGUUUUGAGAAAGUUUAGAGGACUAUUCUCCGAAACUGUCGAAUAAAUACGUUUUUUUUUUUUUUUAAUUAAUUCUAAAAAUAUAAUAAAAAUAAAUUUAACUUUGUCACACGGACAUAAUAUUACGUAGUUGCGAAUAAUUAAGAAAGUUUAACUUUCAACAAUUUGGAUAGCAAACAAAUACCUAGUACCUACGAUUAAUAUAAAUUAGAAUUUUACAUUUUAAAUUCAACCACAUAUUAUGUACCUAAAGGUUGAAAGCUAAACUAAUACUAAUAUUGAAUUCAUGUUUACCGUACCCUCAAUAUAUUUAUACGAUAACUUAUUAUGAAAAUAAAAAUUAAAAAACUAUGAUAAAAAUUGUAUUGGUUUCUAAGACAGACACACUACGUAUAUAUUAUAUCGAUAAAUAUUGUCUAAUUUAAUUGUAAUGGUGAAUGCAAUACAAAUAAAUAUUAGACUUAUACUAUAAUAUAGGUAAACAAUACGUGUUAAAUCCAAUAUGAAAAUGUUUGAUUUUGAUUUAAGUGAUUUAACCAAGGUAUUAUAUUUAUGUCAUAUUUUGUUAAAUCAAUCAUAUAAUGGAAGUGAAUAUCAAAUACUAAACAAUAAUAAUUAUGAUACUAUAUAUUACUAUAAUACAUCAAUAUAUACGUUUAUAUUAUAAUAU